AUGGAAGCAUUAAUUACUAGAGAACAAAUCAUGUUGGAUAAGGCGGCACAAAUGACGGAAAAAAUCCAGCAAGCCAACAAGCAGAAAAAAAAGAUUCAUGACGAACAGCAAAAGAUUUUUAAUGAGGCGAGCAAAGCUUUGCGAAUAACUCAAAGAUUGGAAAGAUCGAUCAAAAUGGCGUCAGAAGCUUUCAUCAAUGCGCGUCUUGCACAUGAAAAAAUGCGGGCCGCAUUCGAUGCUGCCAAACCUUCGGAAGAAGACAGCAAUUGGCAAAGAUUGAGUCACAUGCUAGAAAGAGACAUUACGAAUUUAAAAUUAAACUUGGAGAAAAAAUUGGAAGAAUCUGCAAUCAAGGGAUCUAUGGUGGAUCGCCUCAAGUUGAAACUCAACGAACUUUAUGAUGACCAAGUCUCAUCUGGGAAAGAAUUGCAGGAAUUGAUACGAACUACGGUCCGCAAGAGGAGAGAGCGAGAAGAGAAAUCUGAACAGUGUAUCAAGUUGGAUUCCCAAAUUCAAAGAUUUGAUCAAGAUAUAAAGAUGAGGGAGCUCAUUAUUGAGGAUUGUCAACGAAGUUGCAAAGAUUUGGCAAAGCUGGUCGAAGUCAUGAAGGGUAAAAUCGGUAUAGUGAAACUGGAGAAAUCUGCAGUUCUGAAUGACAUCACCAUCAACAAAGAAAAACUAGUCGAGGCUCGAUCAGUUCUGAAAUCACUCGAAAAUGAUAUGAAAGUAAUUGGACAAAGGCUGCUGGACUUGGAAAAAGAGUUGAAGGACCAACAUUAUCUCAUCCUAAACGCGAGACUUGCUCGAGAUUCAGUGAGAAAUGACACCUUACGAAGUAGGGAUAAAUUCCGAUAUCAUAGGAAUCAGAAAGAGGAACUUCUUCUGGGUAACAAGAUGCUUCGAAGGGAUCUACAAAGGCAGAAAUCUGACAUUGCGACGAUCAAAAAGGAUUUUGAAGAGGCUCUGGCCGAAUGUAGCAGCAUUGCCAUCAACGUUCGAGAGCGUCUGGGAGAAAUCUGCACUUUCACCGAGUACAUUCGUUCAUACGACAAAAUUCUCCUCAGAGGCGCAAACGAAAUCACUGUUCGUGAACUUGAACGAACUAAAUUGCUCAGUUUGGCUGACGAGCUUCGAAAACAUGUCCUAAUAGUGAAAAUCAAGUACUGUAGAUAA